AGUGGAGCGAAUGGGGCGAGUCAAUCAGGGGCGAAUCGUAAGUGAGGCGAGGAUCAAAGUUCACAAAGUAGAUCGAGGCAUAGGAUCAGCGAUUGAUUGGAUCAUCCUACAGAUUGACUUAUGUUAAAGAAAUGGAUCUUCUGGAUUAACACAGUAGUCAAGGAUUUAGUUAUAAAACCAGCAAGUAUGAAGAAAGCCAAUAAUUUGACAGUGAACGGAUUUACAGCUCCUGGAUUUGAAAAAGUUGCGGAAACUUUCAGGGCAAAUCUGAAAUCGGGUCUGGAUAAAGGAUCAAGUUUUGCCGUAUAUUAUCGUGGUGUUCCGGUAGUGAAUUUAUGGGGAGGCUACUCUGAUAUAAGCUGUAGACGACUCUGGAAGGAAGACACAUUAUCUACGUUCUUCUCAUCAACAAAGGCUGUAGCAGCUCUUGUUAUAGCUCAUUUAGUUGACAGAGGAUUGUUGGAUUAUAAGAAACCAGUAUGCACUUAUUGGCCAGAUUUUGCACAGAAUGGGAAAAAGGAUGUAACCUUAGAGCAGCUGAUCUCAAACCAGGCAGGACUUAUAACUUUAGAGGAACCAUUCUGGCUUGCUGAUAUAAACAAUCCCGUCAAACUUGGUAAAAAGCUUGCAGCUCAAAAACCAUUCUGGACUCCAGGCGAGAAACAUGGCUACCAUCCGUUGACCUUUGGGUUAUAUCUGGACCAGAUUGUACGUCAUGCCGACCCAAAACAAAGGAGUUUAUCAGACUAUUUUAAAGAGGAAAUUGCUCAGCCAUUUGAUAUUGAGAUUUACAUUGGUCUCCCCAAAUCUCUGAGCCAUAGAGCCACACGAGUUUUAUUGACUCAGACCUAUGACAAGACACAGUAUGCCCAGGAACAACAGAAGUUUUUAAAAGGAGAUCCUGAUCUACAGAAAAUUAGAGAUACAAAUACUGCUCUUGACUUCAAAUCUACAUUGAAAAUAAAUGACCCUGAUAAUAGAGAACUCCCUAUACCGUCAACACAUGGGCACGCUACAGCAGCAAACAUGGCAAAAUUGUUCGGAAUUGUGGGUAAUGGAGGUGUGCACAAUGGGAGGAGCUUAUUGUCACAGGCAGCUAUAAAUAGAUUUACUAAUCCUCUGGUUGCUGGGAUAGAUGUUAGUUUUGGAAUAGAUGCUGCCUGGAGUGUUGGUACCCAUCUUAUUACAAUGGUUACAGGGAACCAGAGUCCUAAUCAUAUAUUUGGACAUGGGGGAUAUGGCGGACAGUAUGCGGCUGCAGAUAUCAAACACAAGAUUGGUUUUGCUUACACGACCCCGUUCCUUGACCCAUUUUCUUCAUAUAGUGACAAUGGUGAUGAAAGAAUGUAUUCUUUAAUUCAUGCCCUAUAUGACUGUGUAUUCCAGAUAGAAAAUAUCAAAGAAGAAAGAAUUAUAUUCCAGCAACAUUCACAGUAUCAGAAAUAUUUGGACAAAAAUCAGCCGCCUAGUAAAUUAUAAUGUACAUGAUGUAUGUAACGAGUGUAAUUGUAACUUUCAUAUGGUGCUUCGAUGACUUUUAAAUUAAAAAAAACAGCAUUAUUUAUGUGCAUAUAGCUUGAAUGUGAUUGUAAGGAAUGUAUUAAAAAAACUCACACAUCAAAACCCCACACCUUAAAAGUAUUCUAAGGAUUCCUUGAUGUGUGGGUUAAAACCCUGUCAGGGGCUAGCCAUUGUUUCUGUGAGAAAGAAACUUUGCAUUGCUUAGUACUGGUUGGUUCCAGGAAUGGAUUCGAGAGUGUUCCAGUAAGCUUAUAGCUUCCAACACAAACUUAAAACUAAUGUGA